AUGCGUGCCUCUACCUUCUUCGCCGCCGCCGCCACCCUGGCCACCGCCGUCUCUGCCGCCGCGGUCCCUACCUUCGCUAAGCGCUACAACGUCACCGAGGCCUGGGGCGAGUGGCAGGUCACCAACUUCACCGCCAGCAGCCACCCCUCCAACGCCAACGUCGACUUCCAGAUCUGGUGGAACCAGGGCUACUCCGGCCCCGCCAAGUGCAGCGUCAACGGCCUCACCGUCGGCGGCGACGGCGUCUGGUACGACUGCGAGUCCGACGCCUCUCCCUUCCGCUUCAGCCUCAACCAGGACUGGAACCAGCUUUCCCUGUCCCAGAACCUGUACCAGACCGGCUCCAUCGUCCACCUCAACGGCACCGCUCCCUUCGACAUCAAGUGGGGCUCCAGCAUCGCUGGCUCCGAGGCCACCGCCGACCCCUUCUACGUCCCCGUCCUCUCCGUGUCGAGCACUCUGCCCAACGGCACCACCACCGCUCCCGUCUUCUCCUCCAGGAAGUAA